GUGGGAUGCAGAAGAAACUGACGAUGUACGAAUUAAUCAAAAGUUGUGAUGAUGAUCAUCAAUGGCAUGAGAAGAAAGACAUUGAGUCUGCUCUUCAGAUUUCUCGUUCUUCUCUUCCUCCCGACAAAGAACGAUUGGUUUCUCUUGAUGUCUUUCGUGGUCUUACUGUCGCCUUGAUGAUACUUGUGGAUGAUGUUGGAGGGAUUUUACCAUCUAUUAAUCAUUCACCUUGGGAUGGUGUCACACUUGCGGAUUUUGUCAUGCCUUUUUUCUUAUUUAUUGUUGGUGUCUCUCUUGCCUUUGCUUAUAAGAAUUUGUCAUGUAGGUUUGCUGCAACAAGAAAAGCUUUGAUUCGAUCGUUGAAACUUCUCUUACUUGGUCUUUUUCUCCAAGGAGGAUUUAUUCAUGGUCUUAACAACUUAACUUAUGGAAUAGAUGUAGAAAAAAUUAGAUUCAUGGGCAUAUUACAGAGAAUAGCGAUAGCAUACUUGGUUGUUGCAUUGUGCGAGAUUUGGUUAAAGGGAAACCUUAAUGUUAGCUCAGAGUUAUCUAUGAUCAAGAAAUAUAGAUUUCACUGGGUGGUUGCAUUUGUUAUUACAACUAUAUAUUUGUCCUUGCUAUACGGUUUAUAUGUACCCGACUGGGAGUAUCAGAUUUCAACAGAAGACCAAGGAUCAACAUUGACAACAUUCUUGAAUCUGAAGGUGAAAUGCGGGGUACGAGGACACACUGGACCAGGUUGCAAUGCAGUUGGAAUGCUUGACCGUAUGUUUCUAGGAAUCCAGCAUUUGUACAGGAAACCCGUAUAUGCACGAACCAAGCAAUGCAGUAUAAAUUCUCCAAACAGUGGGCCAUUACCUCCAGACGCUCCUUCUUGGUGUCAAGCGCCAUUUGACCCCGAAGGCCUCUUAAGUUCGUUGAUGGCUAUCGUUACAUGCCUAGUGGGUCUGCAUUACGGCCAUAUUAUCAUCCACUUCAAGGAUCACAAAAAGCGUUUGAAUCAAUGGAUUUUACGUUCUUUUUGUCUUCUAAUGUUAGGUCUCGCGCUGAACCUCUUUGGAAUGCAUCUAAAUAAACCUCUAUACACACUAAGUUACAUGUGUGUCACCUCAGGCGCCUCUGGAUUUCUGUUAUCCGCGAUAUACCUAAUGGUUGACGUUUAUGGAUACAAACGAGCAAGUCUUGUGUUAGAGUGGAUGGGAAUACAUGCCUUACCGAUAUACGUUCUCAUUGCUUGCAAUCUUGUCUUCCUAAUCAUUCAUGGAUUCUAUUGGAAGAAACCCAUUAACAAUCUCCUUCAUUUAAUCGGAAUCGGAAAGUAAAGAAGAGAAGAGAAAAGAAGGGAGGUGAACAAACAUUAAGUGUCAUC